UCUGAGUGGGCGAAGCAGCGGUCCCUGGAAACAGUUCCGGGAAACCCCGCGUGCUGCCGGGGUCGCGCCGCCGUCCAUGAGGAGAAGGAGGAGCGCGCGCCAUUUGCCGUCGCUGCUUGGGCCCGAGCUGCGCCGCGCCGGCCCCGCUCCGCAGCAUAAUAAAAUGGCUAAUCAGGUGAAUGGUAAUGCGGUACAGUUAAAAGAAGAGGAAGAACCAAUGGAUACUUCCAGUGUAACUCACACAGAACACUACAAGACACUGAUAGAGGCAGGCCUCCCACAGAAGGUGGCAGAGAGACUUGAUGAAAUAUUUCAGACAGGCUUGGUAGCUUAUGUCGAUCUUGAUGAAAGAGCAAUUGAUGCUCUUAGGGAAUUUAAUGAAGAAGGAGCCCUCUCUGUAUUACAGCAAUUUAAAGAAAGUGACCUGUCGCAUGUACAGAACAAAAGUGCAUUUUUAUGUGGAGUUAUGAAGACCUACAGGCAAAGAGAGAAACAAGGCAGCAAAGUACAGGAAUCAACGAAGGGACCAGAUGAAGCAAAGAUUAAGGCUUUGCUAGAGCGGACUGGUUACACUUUGGAUGUAACUACAGGACAGAGGAAAUAUGGGGGUCCUCCUCCAGAUACUGUGUAUUCUGGUGUCCAGCCUGGCAUUGGAACAGAGGUUUUUGUUGGUAAAAUUCCCCGAGACCUUUAUGAAGAUGAGUUGGUACCACUCUUUGAGAAAGCUGGUCCAAUUUGGGAUCUGCGUCUCAUGAUGGAUCCUCUUUCUGGUCAGAACAGAGGUUAUGCUUUCAUUACCUUUUGUAGUAAAGAUGCAGCACAAGAAGCAGUCAAACUGUGUGACAACUAUGAAAUCCGUCCUGGAAAGCACCUUGGAGUAUGCAUCUCCGUGGCAAACAACAGGUUAUUUGUUGGGUCAAUUCCAAAGAACAAAACUAAGGAAAACAUACUGGAAGAGUUUGGUAAAGUCACAGAGGGUUUGGUGGAUGUAAUUUUGUAUCAUCAACCUGAUGAUAAAAAGAAGAAUCGAGGAUUCUGCUUCUUGGAAUAUGAGGAUCACAAGUCAGCAGCACAAGCUCGCCGACGCCUGAUGAGUGGGAAAGUAAAAGUCUGGGGAAAUGUUGUUACAGUGGAAUGGGCUGAUCCAGUAGAGGAACCUGAUCCAGAAGUCAUGGCAAAGGUUAAAGUUUUAUUUGUAAGAAACUUGGCCACUACUGUGACAGAAGAAAUUCUUGAGAAAUCCUUUUCUGAAUUUGGAAAGCUGGAAAGAGUAAAGAAGUUGAAGGAUUAUGCAUUUGUUCAUUUUGAGGACAGAGGUGCAGCAGUGAAGGCUAUGAAUGAAAUGAAUGGGAAAGAGAUAGAAGGGGAAGAAAUUGAAAUAGUAUUAGCAAAGCCACCGGAUAAGAAAAGGAAAGAGCGUCAGGCUGCCAGACAGGCGUCCCGGAGCACUGCGUAUGAAGAUUAUUAUUACUACCCUCCGCCUCGCAUGCCACCUCCUAUGAGAGGCCGAGGCCGUGGAGGAAGAGGUGGAUAUGGCUAUCCCCCAGAUUACUAUGGCUAUGAAGAUUAUUAUGAUGAUUACUAUGGCUAUGACUAUCAUGACUACCGUGGUGGCUAUGAAGAUCCCUAUUACGGCUAUGAUGAUGGCUAUGCUAUAAGAGGAAGAGGAGGAGGAGGAAGGGGUGGGAGAGGUGCCCCUCCACCACCUAGGGGGCGGGGAGCACCACCACCAAGAGGUAGAGCUGGCUACUCACAGAGGGGGGCACCCAUGGGACCGCCGAGAGGAGCCAGGGGGGGGAGAGGGGGCCCUGCACAGCAGCAGAGAGGACGUGGUGCUCGUGGAGCCAGGGGCAACCGUGGGGGCAACGUAGGAGGCAAGAGAAAGGCAGAUGGGUACAACCAGCCUGAUUCCAAGCGCCGGCAGACCAACAACCAGCAGAACUGGGGCUCCCAACCCAUCGCUCAGCAGCCGCUCCAGCAAGGUGGUGACUAUGCCGGUAACUAUGGUUACAAUAAUGACAACCAGGAAUUUUAUCAGGAUACUUAUGGGCAACAGUGGAAGUAGACAAGUGAGGAGGGAUUGAGAAUAUUGGAAAACAUAGAAUUGGCUAUAGCUCUACAUCUUUCAAAAAAAAAAAAAAAGAAAAAAAUUGGCUUAAUGUUUCAUCCUUCAGUAGCGAUUGGCUGCCAUUUGUAUUGGGCUGAAGAAUCACUCUAUUGUGUAUAUACUCGAGUCUCUUAGUUUUCUUUUUUCAUAAACGCACUUGGACAUUACUGGGCUUGCAGAAUUCCUGAACUCCUUAUGGGGUCUCAGUGCUUUUAUCAUUUUAGGCUUCACUUUAGCAGUUUAAAAGCAGGAAUGGCACACUGUUCAAUCAUGAUUUUGCAGAACCUCUGGUUUUGGACAGUUUCUUCUUUUUUUUUUUUUUUUUUGGAUUUGGGAUAGACUACAUAGGAGUAUGCUGUACAUAAAAGUAAAAGCUAGUGCUUUGUCUUAGUAGUUUUAAGAAAUUACAACAAAUUAAGUUUUCUUGUAUUGAAAAUAACAUGAUUGUAUGUUUUGCAUUCCUAGAAGUAGGAUAACUGUGUUUUUAAAUUGUUAUAACUUCACACCUUUUUGAAAAUCUGCCCUACAAAAUUUGUUUGGCUUAAAACGUCAAAGCCGUGGCAAUUUGUUCCUUGAUGUGAUUGUAUUUCCAAUUUCUUGUUCAUGUAAGAUUUCAAUAAAACUCAAAAAUCUAUUCAAAACAUUACCUAUUUCAAAUUCAAUUGUGUCCUAAAACAUUAUUUCAUUGGUAAUUCUUGUGAAAAAUAUUGUUUUCAAAGUAUAACUGCCUAUGUGAGUGAUCAAAUUCGUGCAAAAUUUCCUGUGCUUUCCAACAUGUAGCACUGUGGACAUCAGACUGAAAACUAGGAGAAAUUACGGACAGCCCAAAAGGCACUCACUGUUUAAUUGCUGUUCAAUAAUUUAUCAGCAUCUAAUUUUGAAACUUUUUUUUUCCUAUUUAAAAGUGUUGAAUUGUAUCCAAGCAUUCACAGAGAUCUGAUUAAAAUCUAGUCCUCUAAUGUAAUGUGGAGAAGGAAGCAGAUCCUACAAUGGUGUUAAUUUUGUUCCUUUGGUGAUGUCCUGUGGAGGCUGUUCUGGUAGGAUCCAGCCUUACUGUAUAAUUGAGCCUACAGACACACAGGGAAAUUAUUUUGAUCUCAAGCAUCUUAAUCUAAUCUCAAAUAAUAUUUGACUAGGAAUGAGAAUUACAGCUUGGGUGCUAUGGCACGCUAAAUUAAUUUCUUGCUACGGAUAACACGAACAUACUCUCCAGAUUCUGCUUAUUUCUAUCUUGACAUUUUAAUUUGAUGUUCUGCCAUGAUGAACAAUUUGCCUUAGAAUUCUCCUGCCUUAAAAUAAAGGCUGUUCAAAAGUUUAAGACUUUAUCUUUUGAGGGCAUUGCUAGCUACAUUAUAUUAUGUGUUGCUUUGACCCUUGUCUUGGACAUUCCCAGAUGUCAAUUUUAACUGGCAAAUCAUGACAUUACUCUUGUGUUGCAUCUAAGCCAUUCUGUACCACAAUGAAGAACAUUUGCUUCUCAAGAAAAGAGAGAAACAAACGGAUUUAUACUUUCUCUAAAGAAAACUAUUGCCGGACCUCUAAAUAUCCAAAUCCAAUACAUUGCUCAUACUUGAUUUACAGCAUUCCAAACACAGACUAUUGAGGAAGUUAAACUUCAGUGGUCAUACUCCUCCCUUUGUCUUCUAUUCCUGUCUGGUGUCUCAAGUGUGUAAUGUCAGAAUAUUCCCAGUAAGAUGAGGCUCCCCACACUGCUGUGGAUCUGGAAUGGGAUUGCAGGGUUUGAGUUGGGACCUGAAUCGAAGAUGUCUGUCUGCUUCUCAGAAAUGGGUUUGCCCAUGUCAGCCUCUUCCAAUUAAUAGAAUUGGUCAUAAAUAGCUUAAAAGUGCUUUUAAAAAAAUCAAUAUCUAUUAUGUUGGGGUUUGGGUUUUUUUUUUUCUCCAGUUAUGGAGCCAAACCAUGUCCUCUCUGUUUCUUACCUGAGCAGUGAACUCAGAGGGCUUUGCCUGAUUAUACACUUCAGGCUUUUGCUCGUGGUAAGGAUGUGGUUUGUAAUUCUGUUCUAACACAAAUUUUAGCUGCCCUAUCUGAAUGACUUUCUGGUAGUUCUACAGCUCUUACAGUGCUGAGCAGAACCCUGUAGUCCCAAUAAGUAUUGACUUUUCAGUAUUCAUUGUAAAGGGGAUCUAGUACAAGGAGCUUAAUUGGAAUCGUAUUUCAAGUGCUCUCCAUCUUGGCAGAAGGCAGUGUUCCCAUAUUGCACUUUAGCCAGGAGAGUGAGGUGCUAGUGAGGGCUGUGGGGGGACUGGGGGGAAGGUGAACACCUCAGUUAUAGUGGUAACAAAAGAGCUGAGAAACAAAAAUGUUAAAAUUGUCUUCCUCAAGAACUGUAAGGUUGCAUCUUGUAUUUACUUCUCCCCAAAUCAUCAUUUCUAUCAGUAGUUUUAGUAAAUAUGUGGAGUGAGCUAUUAAUUUUUAUAAUUGAAAAUCAUAACAGUUAAACUCAGUAGAAGUUUCUAUUUGCAAGAUAUACCAAGUUCUUUGAUUUACAUGGUUUAUGGCUACUCAAAUUCACCUUUUAAAUUUGCAGCAGUACUUUUAUUUAAUCCAUAGAUAAGGUGUGCUACAGCUUACUUGAAUAGUGGUGUGUGCUGAACUUGAAGAACUUAAUGAAAUGAUGGAAAAAAUUAUCAAGCAAAGAUACUGUAGUACAGUGGAAAACUACCAUGCCUGACUCAAAGGAAGAAUUUCUCAGCACAAUUUGGACAUCUAGUUAAAAAAUAAAUUUAAAUUUACUCUCGUGCAUUUCUUUUGAUUGUUUCUUCAAUAUAACUGAGCAAAAAUCCUCUAUAAUAUGUUGAAAAUGGAUUUCAACUUGCACACCAAUAUUCAGCUUUUAUGGGUGUCCUGCUGGCAUUGGAGGAGGAGCCAUGAAAUGGAGUUUUAAUAAUCAUUUGAUCACUCAUUUAUAGCAGUUGCUUAAAUGUCUGUAUUGAUAAGGUGUUUGACAUAAGAAGCAAGUUACCAGACUCCUAGCAGUUCCAAAACUUGAGCAAAAUACUUUACAGCUACUGUGUUAUUAUAUAAUUAAUUUCACUUUAUUAACAACUUAGUUUACUAAACUCAACUUAAAAUUUUACUAUUGCAUUCAACAGAGUUUGCAUUUUUUCCAAGUGUUUUCUAGCAAUUGUUUAUUUUUAAAUCUCAGCUUCUGUAGUCUGAUUAUUAAAGAAUGACAACUGCAUUGCUUAAAGCUUUCCAAAAUAAACUCGAAGUAGAAGAUCACCGCAUGAUUUUGGUGACUCUGUAUAAAAACCUGACCACUUUUUGUCCCUUCUCUGUUUGGACAUUAAACCCAUUUCUAUAAUUUGAACUCCACAGAAAAAAAAAAAUACAGAGGGCACUCUUAUUAUAAGGCUAGGAGAGAAACCAAUGUGAAGUGCUGAGCAAAAAGUCUUAAACCUCUCAAAAACAUUUAGUACCAAGACCCAAAGACCCUACUGAAUGAAUGUAUUUUCAGCAAGAAUUAAUUGUUAUCUAAAAGUGCUGGUGGCCCUUCCAUAGAACAGCAAGGAGCUCUCCUAGAAAUCUGUCAUCAGCAAUCUUUGAUCAUGCAUGACUUGAGGAGGAGUAUGUGUGUGAUGAAGGAUUGCUAGUGAGGUGGAGGCUGUCAGUGGAAUUCUGUCAUUCGUGUGACCUCUGUGAGUAGCUCAGAGCCUUAUAGAAAGAGUGUACCACGUUGUGUUCCUGUUUUUUCUAAAACAACAACAAAAAGAAGUUAGAGCUUCUGUUAACUUAGAACUUGAAUGAAGCUGUUGUAGUCUAUUGGCUUAAAUUGUCCUUUGAAACCCAGAGCAGUUUGGUUGAGCAUGUAUUAGUUGAUAAAAUGUGUAGAGUAGGGAAAAAAAAAAUCAUUUGUACUGAAGGGAAAACAUAAGAAAUGAUGAAAAUAGUCAAGGUGGAUCUGCGAUACUUGGUUAUUGAUCAGGAACUUCUGAAAUUUUAGAACAGGAGAAUCCCUCUGAAGAAAUGUUUUAACAACUUGGAGGUUACCAGAAGCUCUGAAAGACAGUUCAGAAUAUAUUUUCUGAUGUCCAGAAAUCUGCAAGUGUCAAUUUUGUAUUUUAACUCCUUCCUUUUACCUGACUAUCAGGGAAGCGUGCUUGAGGCUGACCUGACAUGUCAUGAUGUCGACUUGCUAGGUGGGGUUCGCAGGGGACAUUAACCUUGGAGUUCUAGGUAAGAAAACUUUCUUUCUCAUUUCCUUCAGUAAGAUGAAAGGGUUGGUGUGGGAGGAGGGAGGAUAUGAGCUCCACAGACCUGAGCACUGGAAUAGCUUUCAAAAUCUGCCAUUACCAUGGAGAGAUUGCAAAUGUGGAAGGUAAAAGUUGAGGUUAAAUCUGUCCAUGUUCAAGAGAGGCAUAUGGUAUAGGUUCUUGAAAUUAAUUUGAAAAUAAAGAUGACUUGCACUUCAGAAGAAAGGUGGAUGCUCUUUUAAGAGUGCUGGAAGCAUAAAACAUUUUGAACAUUUAAAUUUUUCCUCUCUAAUUAAAUCCAGGUAUGGGUUGGAUUUCUUUCCCCACCUGUGGAAAAGCAGAAUUUGCAGCACACUUCUUCAAAGCUUAAGAAUGCUGUUAAGAAAAGUGUCCAAGUAGAUCUCUGGAAAAUAAUAAAAUUUUGCCUUGGAAAUAAUAAAACUGGCAUAUCAUGAGUUUGAAUCAUUUAUGUAUUGAACAUGAUAAUGCUUAGAAGUCAUUAAUCAAGAGAGAAUGGCUUUUGUACCAAGGACAGCUGUAGUUGAUCCCAUUAUAAAAUCCCACUGGAUUUUAAUAUUCAUCUCUUUUUGUGGAAGGCAUAUGUUGAUUCUAGACAAACAUAGCAAAAGCUGAAGAACAGGUUUGCAAAUCAAAUACUUGGACAUGUUGAAUUCUUCAUGGCACCUGCUCAUCUUGCACCUUUCCUCAGCCAGCAGACUUGUCUUUUCCUGCUUGUUCAUGCAGUACUUGGAAAGGAGCAGAGAAGUUGGAAAAGCUUUCUAGGCUAGAGGAGCAUUCCAGGUGCAGUCAUUGUGGGACUGAAUAGCAUGCCAGUUGUGACAACACCUGCAGAAGAAAUGUGCCUGAUACUGAGCUGGAUCUGGCCAUAGAGACUGUGAACUUUGCUCUUGAUGUAACAGAAACAUGGGGUACAUAAUUCACAUUGAUUCUCCAUUGUCAUGUACUGUGUUGGUAGGUGAAAAUUAAAUAAUGAUGCCUGAAUUGAUUAAUCCCCUGGGCAUGGAGGAAGUGCAGUGUAUAAAUAUGUAAGAAGACUUCCAGGAGGAAGUGUGGGAUUGGCAGAGCCAGGUGGAUCUCAAGCAAAGCCAGACUCAUUUUUGAUGCACAGAGCCUCUGCUUGUGUUAGCAAAACAUUCUUCUCUGUUCCAAACUGAGACCACAAAACCUUUAGUGAGAAAAAACCCCACAAUCAGACUUUAAUGCCAAGAGCCUGAGAAUGAUUGCAGUUACUUACAGAGAUAGGAUUGCUUGAUGAAAAUUGAGAUGUAAGCAUGAUUAGAUGUUCAUUUGCGUGUUACACUCUUGAGUUCAGUCCUGUCAUAAAAACAGUUCAGCCAGUGCAGGUGUCUCAGUGCUGCUGUGAGAAGAUGGCAGAAUGAAAAGAGAAGAAAAAGCCUAUGGCUGUGUAAAUGCACAGGGUUUUUUCUCUCUAUUAGUUGUCUAAAUAAGCUAUUUUAGAAACUUUAGUUAUUAACAGCAAUCAGAAAUCAGGCUCUGAAGAAGUUAAAACUCAUUUUUAUAUCUUAGUACACAAGUGCCUGGACUCCUUUAUCUACUAUUAAUGUUUAACUUCCAUUCUCAUCUCAUAAUCCCUGAAGAACAUUCAUGAUGCCAAAUGAAUUGAGUUGGUGAGUUACCUCUCCUUGUCUGUGUGGAGAAGUUUGCUUGCUGGCUUUCCUGAAAGGAUUUCAGGACUUCAUUUAUGCCACCUGCCAUUGUAGCCUCUGCACACACACUAGGAUUCUAAAGCUGUGGCACAGUUUGAAAUCAGUUGGAGCCUGGAUAUUCUUUAAAAUUUACAAAAAUCUAGCAAAAUUGCAAUUUCCCUGUAGGUGACUCUUGGCCUGUGGCAGUGCUCUGGGUUGUAGCCUGCAGGGCAAAGCUGCUCUUCACUGCCUGACUGAUGUCUGGCAGAACAGGAAAUGUGGAAAGGGAUUAUUAGAGCACAAGUAUCAAUCACAUUCUGGGUUUUUGGGCUGGAAACCAUGCUCUUAAACUUGUUAGAAUAAUACCUGCAAUAAUCAAUAUAUGCUCCACUACUUAAAUCAAGUUUAUUUUUAGCCCAGUGGGUUUUUAAUUGAAACUGCUCAGGCAAAACUUGUUUUUGAAGUAUUUAUAAUUGCUUCUUAGAAAUUUCAGCUGAAUGUGGACUGAAGGAAUUUGGGCAUACCAGUAGAUGGCUUCUCAGUGCCCUUUGCAACACUACACUGGGGGAAAAAAUUAAAAAAAACAAACAAAAAAAAACUGGCAAGUAGAGAAGUUAGACAGAAAAUUAUAUGACUCCCUAGUUUCUUUUCAAUAUUUAUUGUUACAUUUUUUGAAUAUUUUUCCUUUUCUAGGUGUUUUCUACAUCUCCUGGGCUUAGGCUUUGUCCCUCUCAGUCUCUUAUGGUUCAUCAUGCACCAGUAGUCAGCAUGGUCAGGUUUGGCUCAUAUUUACCUCACAGUUUAGGACUCAUUGCAAACAUUUAAAAGGAAAAAAAAAAAGAAACACAUAUUCACAUCUUCCUGGUUUUCUGUACUUUAAAUUGAAGUGAUUAGGAAGCUGAGUUUUAAUGAGCUUUUAGUAGAGGUGAGACAGAGACGUGUGUGUGUAACUGCUCAUUAUAUUUGUCUGAAAACAUCUUUUUGGGUGUCACCUGACUCAGUGCCUUCUCAGGUCCCUGCUGCUUUGCAAGGCUCAGGUGGAAUAUUUGUGAGCCUGACACAACAAGAGAGGCAGAGGAGGAUAAAAAUCAAUUGUGUUCUCAGAAGUGGAGCUCAGUGCCUGCUUUUUCCACGCGUGAUUUGGGUUGAACCAAACAGUUCUGGUGUUUUAUCCAUUGAAACCUGGUGAGGAGCAGCACAGAGCUGCAUGGCCUGGCUGAAGGAGGGCAGCCCUUGGGAGCUGGAGGCAGGUAAGGCUUGGUGCAGCUUUUCCUUGUCCAACCCUUGCUGUCUUUGUGCUUUACCUAUGCAGCUUUUCUCUUUGCUCACAAAGGUGUCAGCCCCACACACCUGCAUCCUUUCCAGUUUCUCAUAGGGAACUUCCUGAUCUUGCCAAAAUCCAAACAAAAAGUGAAGCUUUGCCAGCAGCUUUUCAGCUUUUAUAUGCUUUGCCAUGGAGGUCUGUGCUUGUCUGUGUUUCCACUUCAUGUGUGACCCUUUCUCUUUGGGCUUGGACCUUUUCCCCUUUUCAUGGUGGCUUUUCAAGGCUUGGUCUUCCAUCCUCCUACUUGGCUUACAUUUACAAUAAGUAAAAUAUUUUCAGUGCUUUUGUUGAUUUUGGUAGGUUUUGUCCAUCACUCAGAGUGCAGGGUAAUGUCUGAGGUGUAGGUGAUGUUUGAGGUGGUGUUAGAGGGGAUUCUGCUUCACUGACUCUGAAAACCUUCCCAUUCCAUUGAGGUGUUCCCAUCUCUGUAGUGCUGCCUUCCUAACACUGCUGAGUUGAAGAGUUUCCAUCUUCCAGAGGUAAGAGGAGGGAUGAGAUCAAGCCCUUUUUGGCUUUGUGGUUUUGCUCUGUUGUCUGAGCCCUUUCUGAUACAAAUUGCAUGUCUUGUGACCCAAGAGUUUUAGGUGCAGAAAUCAGCUUGGUUUGAGUGAGCUUUAGGGCUUUAUAUCCACACACUGCUGGCAGGACCCCAUCAACCUUCACAGCUUCUUGGAACAGUUAUUUGUUGCUUGCUUUCAUUUGAGGGGAGUGAUUUUCCUCUGGGUUCUUUCAUCUCUGGUCUCUGGCCUGGAUCAUCAGCCUGGCUUAGCUUAUACCUCUUGCUCUCUUCAGACUUCAUUCAUUUUAUGAGAAAUAGGAUGUUGUGAUCACAUUUCUUGAAUCUUAAAAUCUCUAGUUUCUCUGGACUUGGCUGUUUUGUAUUCAUGGCUUUUGGCUGAUAGUCUUAGGAAAUGCUUUUGGGAAGUGUGGUUGUGCACACUUGUGUACUCCUGUGGUAGCACCUUGCUGGUGACACUUGGCAGCUAUCAUCUCUUACACUUGCAUAAACAUCACAAAACCUUGCAGCCUGCUUGUUCAUCAUUCAUGUGAGCACAUCAAAGUAAUUUAGGACUUUAAAUCCAAAAAAAGAGUCAGCAAACACCAGUUAAUGUCACUGCUGCACAAUGUUAUGAAUUGCCUGAGCAGAUGUUAGUGAAAUGACUGUUGCAUUUUAUUUCAUCUGCAGGAUGUUCAGGUUGAUCCAUCUCUGAACAGCUUCUCUCUCCUUAAUGGCCAGUUUGGAAAAGAUGAUGAUCUGUUCCACAAUAGCUGGGAUUUCUUUUUAUUCUGCAUGCUUAAGAGAAGUAUCUAAAAUAUAGCAGGAUGAACAGAAUUAAAAAGAAGAAAGCCUUACAGCUAAAGUCAGGAAACAUGGAUAUUCAUUACUUACCAUGGACCAAACCUCCAAACUGGUAUUCAGAAACUGAAGUGUAAAAACAGCUGAAAUCAGUUCUGGCAGUGUGUCACAUUCCCUGUAGUGAGCUGAAGCAGAGGCUCAGGUGAACAUCACCUGCAUUCUUGUUUCCAGAUUCAGUCCUAAGUUUUAGCUACAGAUAAUUGAUGCAAAGAGUUGCAGCUUAUUUUGAAAGAAAACCCAGUAAGGAUCUUUCCAAGUCUACCUUAGCAACUUGGGAUAUUUGGUGACAUGUGAAAUAGGUGAUUUUGCUGCAUUUACCUUUGGCUUUAUAGAGAGGCAGGAGGAUGGUGUAACACCUGCUCAUGCUCUCUGCAGUUCUGUAAACUCUGUGUGUAAGGGUUGAUUCAUUAUUUGCAUAUUGAUAUUACUACCUGGCACUCUCAAAUUAUUCACCACAAAAAGCCUUCCCUGAGAUUGUGAAUUCUAUUUUAUUCAUGUUUGCUGCUUUUGUAUCUGCUGAAUGCCAGCUCCCUCUUUUCCAUGGGGUAGGAUUGCAGGAUCUGUGCUCUUUGUUUUAAUAACUUCCUCCUCUUUGAAAUGCCAUUAUUUCUGGUCUGUUUGUAGAUGAUGAAGGAUAGACACUGUGAUGGGCACUAAAGCAUGGACUUGAAGUGUGCACUCUGGUGGCAGGUACUCCUAUCUGAUCCCCUGGUCUGGUGUGUCUGAGGGUUUAGGUGCUGUGUGUCUUAGCUGUGGUUUUCUCCAUUUAUUAAUUUCAGUGUUGAUUGAAAUGUUUGUCUUUAUUUAUAGCAUAUCCAACAGCUGUGUUGCAACAGAGAAGGUAAGUUUAGAGCUGGGGCUGAAGGGGUUGACAAGCUCUGGAUAGUUAAUGUGUUUGUUUUUUUUUUUUAAAUACAAUCCUUAAAGUUUAUAGACAGAUGUUGGAUGUUUUGAGGAUUUUCUUGGAGUGUCCUGAUGCUUAAGAUCAGACAGAAAACCGUUGUAAGCAAAAUCAAAGAAAUUUCUCAUGAAGAAAAAUUAAUUCUGAAUGUUGGUUUGGGAGAUGAUGGUGAAACAAAUGGGAAGUUGUGAUCUUGGACAUUAGACAGCUGCUAAAGCCAGUACAAAAUGGCAAGAAACAGAGCAUUUAUUAUAUAUUAUAUGGGGAGGAGAAGAGAUUAAUUUGAAAAUUAGAUUUUUAACCAUUCUUGCAGUAUUUAUUUGUCUUUUAAGAUAUAGACACAGUAAAUUCACCAGUCUGUUCAGUGAGAUAUUUUUCCUAUUCAUUUUCCUGAUUGAGAAUUACUGUUAAUGUCACACUUGUUGCUAGAAGCUAUUGAGCUGGUCAUGCUCAUUUUUCUCUGCUGAGCUCAGUGAGUUUUGCUCUCCACUCUGUGAUGGAGGAUUGCUGGUUGCUGUUAGCUGUGCUUUAAAGACAAGAAUUCCUGGGUUUGGUCAAGUUUAGGACAUGUUUGUUCUAAAGCCUAAUAAAAGCAUUAACUAAUGUAUAUCUCAUUUCUCUGAUGUGGGUUAUAAGGGACUUGCCUGUCAAUACAUCUGAAUUAUUUAAUUAAAUCUGGAUCUCUUCCUUAGCUAACAAAGCAAACAGUCUCAGAUAUGCUUUGCUAGGCAGAAUCAUGUGUAGACAGCAAGGUUUUAUUAUCUGUCAGGAAAAGUGCACUAUAAGAAGAUGAAAUCUAGAUGACCUUGACUGAAAACAAAGAAAUAAAGUUUUAUGAGAUACACUAUAUUAAUGCCCCAACUUGGAUGUAGGAAUUCCUGAGCAGUAAUUUUGUUUUAAGUGCCAUUAAAGCUCUGUGUGCAAUCUGUACUUCUGCAGGAAAUGUGAAAUAUCCCAGGGACUGGCUGCCUGCCUGAAGGACCCCAGUACCUGCCUUUGAUGGCAAGUGACCUGAGCAUGGCUGUGCCCAUGGUGGCACUUCAGGUGGGUGUGUUACCUGUGUUUGCAGACUUUCCUUGUUCUCUGCACUGUACCAGAAACUGCACGUGUCUUGUACAAUCUGUUUGGCCCUCUUGUAAUGUCUGGUUUUCCUAAUAAACAUCUUUUGAAGUCU